GCAUCAAUUCUGACGUCGAAAAUCGACAUCUUCGCAACCCUCGCAACCUGCGAAUAGUUCGCAGCCAUACCGGAACAACACACCUCCUGCAUGACAUAUCGCUUUCACACUUCAUAUUAAGAAGGUGAACGAGUUGUUUUUAGCAGCGAUGACUUCAUCACAGAUGGCAGAGGCCGUUCCUCAACCCGUUGCGCCCGUUGCAUUAAUGUCUACAGGCACUCACUUCGACCUUGAUCACACCGAUCUGUUCACGUACCCCAAACCUUCUCACAAUAGCAACAGCCCCGGCUUUGCAGAACAAGACAAGUCUAUUGCCGCUGCAAUGGAGACAACCCUUCCUUCGAGUUCAGCCCAACUAUCAACAACAGGUCUCCUUCCCGAGAUCAAAAAUUCAAGUACUUCAGAAGAGGCACCCAAUACUACGAAUGAAAUGGGAAAUACAGGAUCGGAAGACAAUACUGAGAACAACGUUCCCUCACAGCCCAAAGAGCCAAUCGAUUCCGCAAUGGAUAUGUGUAAUGCGACAAUUAAGCAGGCGUCGCAUGAAAAAGAGCCCAACGAUACCAACCCCGAAAUUUUUGGACAUGCUAGUCAGGAAUCAACAGGACAACCCACUCAGGAACAACCACAAUUGUCAAAUCUUGGACCUGUUGCCUCAUUUCCUCCUUACAACACGACAAAUGUACAUGUAGACCCUGCGAAUAUAUAUGGAGCAGAUAUGAAUUUGGAUGGCAGCGUGUGGGCCUACGACCAAACUAUGGACUUUCCAAACGUCGCGUCGAAUCCGGAAUUUUAUAAUCGACAACCUUUGAUAGACCCGGGAGUGCAGUUGGAUGGCUAUGCAAAGCUGGCUUUUGAUGAUUCGGACUUUUAUAUGACCACACAUGAAUUGGUCAUUGGUCGUGAUCAAACUGGGUAUAACAAUAUGAGAAGAUAUGAGAAAGAACAUGAGGCAAUGAAUACAUCAGAGUUCUCUUCGUUUAAACCAACCAUGCAGAUCGAAAGUCAUACUGGUGGUAUCAUGGAUCCCUGGGUAAAAUUGGCAGAAAGGCGAAGUCGCAAGGGGAAGAAGAGUAAGGGCUCAAGAUCUAUCAGUGGCAAUAGUGCUACUGCUGGAUCCCUUUUGCCUGCUGCAAAUGGAAACGUAUCACUUCAAAACCCCGAUCCGCAUAGUUGUCCUGUCCUCCAUGUACAUCCUCCAUUCAACAAAGGUGUAGCGGGCUUCAAAGCUAUAUCCAGAGAACACGUUAAAAUAUUUUAUGAUGACCAUCAAGAUAGUUUCAAAGUAGAAUUCCUUGGUAGAAAUGGAGGGUUUGUGGACGACAUAUACUUUGAGCCCAAACAGAUAGCACCAUUAGUAAGUGGUAGCAAAUUGCAGAUGGGUUUUGUUUUCUUUAGGUUCUUGUUACCAGAUGUCGUAAUCGAUGACACAGGGUUCCAGUACCAUGAAGAACCCGAAGAAGAGGCGACAGCUACUGCGACAACAACUUAUUCGGAAGGAGGGAAAGAGAUGAGUCUAAGUUUUGACGAUGCACCACGAGCUGGUGAUCAGAGGUCUACCGAUAGUGAAUGCUCUUCAGAUAAUGAAAACAAUUUCGGGGUGGACGAAAUCCCUGAUAACGAAGUGGACAGAGUGGGGGAUCCCGAUGCUUUGUAUCCCAUAGGAGAAGCAAUUGACGACGAACAAGAUGCCGAGGAAGAAGAAUCUCCUAUUGACAACUUAACGGAUAGUAGCCCACAACCUACAAAGAAACGUGGACCAGGACGACCACCUAAGAAUGGAGUUAUGUCCAAACGGGAACAACAAAUUGCCAAGAAGGAAGCCCUGGAGAGAGAGAGAAUUCAAGAAGAAGAACGGGCUCAGGAAGAGCAAAGAGUUGAAGAGCAGAAUCAAGCAACAGCCUCAAAAACUGUACCCGGUAAAAACAAAGUUGGUAGACCAAGAAAGCAUCCACGACCAGAUGUUACGGAAGAAGGACCACCCCGACAAAAACGCAAAUAUACCAAGAGACAAUCGGGCCCCAAGACGCCCGAGGAGGCUGAUGAGGACAGAUUUGAUGAUGAUGGCAAUUGCAUACAAGCCAAAAACGGAAGCUCCAGAAAAGUCGCUUAUGUUUUGAAAGAAGUUACACACAAAAGAGAGGACUUUACUGCCGAUCAACUUUCAAGGCCACCAAAGAAUUAUCUCCAGGUCAUUUUCGAACUUCUAAAGCAAGCCGAGCAGCCUUUGUGUCUUCCACAAAUCUAUAACGAGAUGGAGGUCCAGUAUCCGUAUUACGCCUUUCAAGAAUCAAAGGGUUGGCAAAGCAGUGUGAGGCAUAAUUUAGGACAACAUGAAUGUUUUGAACGUACUAAACGUGCUGGUAAAGGCUGGGCUUGGACUUUGAAGCCCGGCUCAAGUUAUCUAAAGGAGAAGAAGAAGAGAGCACCAUCACCUCCAGUCGCAGGUGGAAAUCAACCAAUAUAUCAAGCUGGCCCACAAGUUUCUGGCUACGGUCAGCCUCCGCCUGGAUAUAUGUUGAAUCCCAAUCUAUAUCAUAAUCAAAUAAACCCACAUGCACAAGGGGAGUAUCAACAAUACCAACCAGGUCAGCCUUACAUGGGUCCAAAUCCUCACUAUUCCCCUUAUCCUCCUCAAGGUUAUCACCCACCUCAAGGUAUCCAGCCACCUUUUAUCCCUCCAAUGGCACCUCAAUUGGUACCUUCCGCACCUGCUUCUUAUAGUUCUCCUUAUGCUCCGAAACUACCUGCUGCUGGAACACAAUCUCAAGGCACUCAACAGCAACCUUCGCAACAACAGCCUCAACAACAGCAUCCACAGCAACAACAUCUACAGCAACAACAUACACAGCAACAGCAUCCACAGCAACAGUCUCAACAGCAACAGCCUCAGCACCAGUCUCAACAGCAACAGCAUCCACAACAGCAUCCACAACAUUCACAACCUCAACAUCCAUAUUCACAGCCUCAACAGCCUCACUAUCAAUCACCGCAGCCACCGAAAACAAACCAAGCGCCAGUGCAGUCACAGCAACAACAACAACCACCACCAACCGGCCACCAAACCCAGGCAGCUGCUCAUGCUGCACCGCAAGUUACACAUGGGGCUGUACCAGCCGCGACACCUCAAAAAAGAGUCAUUCCCCCUAACCUGGUCGCUGCUAUAACCGCAUAUCGUAAUCAUGUUGCCAACUUGAUCCGAAAACGAGCUCCUAAUGAUGCUGAGGCAAUUGUUGACAAGGCCAUAAAUCGAGUUUAUGAUGGCACUGAAGAAGAUCGUUCUCUUGACAGUACUGAACACGAGAUGAAACUUAUCAAUGGUGUACUCAAUAUUCUCAAGCUACCCCCUGUUCCUCGCGCACCUUCUGCCAGCCAAAAUCAUUCUCAGCCACAACCUGCUGUACCGCAACAGGUUCCCCAGCCGCCGAUUAAUCAAAACAAACCUCAAGGCAACAUGUCUCAACAAUCUGGAAAACCUAUUGGGGCAGACCUUCCAAAGCAAACGAUCAUGCGUCCAUCGUUUUUUGGAACCAAUCAAAAUCAAUCCAGUAACUCCUCUGUACCUAGACCACCAUUGAUGACACCAGUUCUGCAAAGAAGCAAUUCAGUAUCUGCUCCUACACCUUCCAGACCAAAUACAGCCUCAUCCUCUUCUGUGCCGUCUGGUCUCUCAAAUCCACCAUCACAAACCGCUGUUUCGGGCAACAAUAAAAUUAGUGGUACCACGCCACCUGUCGCAAGCAUAGUCAAUCAAACCAUUGCACAGCCUGUUGAUCAAAAUGGAGCAAACGAGAAGGGCACUAAUCAGAGCGGAGCAACUCAAAUCGGAACCAAUCGACAUGGAACAAGUCAGAAUGGAACAAAUCAUGGGCUCAAAGCCGGUGAAACUUUGACAGAGGCGGGUUUCGUACGAAGUUUCCCUCAUCCACCAAUCUCCAGUUGAUGGAACAUAUUACAUUCUGUAACAUUUCAUACAGAUAUAGAGUGAGUAUCUGAUAAAAAAAUAGGUUAUUUCGAUCCCACUCAAUUGGGCAAGCACGCUCACGUACGGAGUAUAUAUUUGAACCUAAAAAGUUUUUAUUUCAUUGCAUAAGCACAUGAUGAUUAUACGAGAGGAAAGGGUUAAUUUCAGUUUUUAAUGCGGUGUUGGGAGCAACGGGACAGCUUGGGUCUUUGUCGCUUUCGUUGAUUUGAAAUGGAUUUGGCCAGACUUGGCAUUGGGCAUGGGCAUGGGCGUGGGCGUGGGCGUGGGUCUGGGCAUUAACGUUAUACGAAGUGAUGCAGGGCGUAUGCUUAGCGAAUGUAUUAGGGAAAGAGUAGGCGUUCUUAUAGAUAUCCCAUCCGCGAGAUGAUUAACAUACUCUAGCAUACGCGAUACUGCAUAGCAGCGGUGGUUCUUUUCUUUUUGGGAAUGGGAACUUGGAGCUUGGCCACAAGCAUAAGGGAUGGAGUUCUUGAGUUUUGUUUAGUUUUCUUUAUCGUGCCGAUAUUGUUGUUCUUUUAAGAACAGAUAGUAUCGAAUGCCUCUUUUGGCUCUUUACUUGGACUUUCAGGAGCCGGUUUUGGGUAUAACAUGUAGCUUGGUCGGGUGGCAUCUCGCUCCGGAUUAGGGCGAAGCGUUGACUUUGAUGAUUCUUUUUAUUUCGUGCCUUAUUUGCUGAGUCGAUGGCCCAGACGAUAAGAGGGAAAUUGGAGAAUAUUGUCUCGAGGCCUAGCUAGCCGUUUAAUAUGGAGACAUUACACAUUUGCGAGUAAAGAAGAGGAGAAGGAGGGGACGGGCUGGCAUGGCAUAUGUACAUAUGAGUUAAUAACAUGCGUUUAUUAAGUUUUGUGGUUUCCA